AUGGAAGGACUUCCCGUCAAAUCUAUCGAGGACUAUCCGUUUCAAGUUUCAUUUCAGUACGGCGACGAUCACGUUUGCGGGGGAUCCAUUAUAAAUAAACGCUAUGUUUUAACGGCAGCCCAUUGUAUCCGUCAUUGGGGUGGAGAUCAAAAGCUCAUAGAGUAUACCACGAUACGAGUAGGAUCGCUUUCCUCUUUAUCCGGUGGUAAGAUCUAUGAAGUCGAAGAUUUCGUAGUCCACCCAUCCUGGAAAAAAUCUCAAACACUUCCGUAUUAUGCCGACGUUGCAUUGAUGAAAUUGAAAGAAGACAUAGAAUUCAGUGAAACGAUACAACCCGCUAAACUUCCCGAAGUAAAUGACGAACUUCCAGACGGAUCCACUUUAACUGUGUUGGGAUGGGGUUACUCAGAAUAUGGAGAAGAAACCUCUUCCGCUGAGGAAUUUUUAUUAUAUACGAAAAUGCAAGUCUAUAAUAUGGACAAGUGUAUAAGGGAAUAUAGAACUUAUCUUGAUUUCACAUACGAAGACCCGGCAUUCAGAACAGUCGUUCUUCCUCAUGAUAAAAUGAUAUGUUUGGUGGGCGAGGGCGAUUUUUGCACAGGUGACUCGGGAGGACCAGUAGUUGAUGAAAACAAUGUCCAAGUGGGCAUUAUAAGUUUUAAUUUAGAUUGUGGCACUAAAGCACCGGUGCCGAGCGCCGUCACGGAUGUAAGAAAAUGGUUAAAGUGGAUAAAAGAUGCAUCUGAAAUCGAAGAACAGGAUGAAAGCUCAAUUGUCUAA